CUCCAUAAAAACUCACAAUAGAAGAUUUGUUUGAGUUGCUCUUUACCCGCACCGUUGUCCACGCUUUACUCAGGACAUGAAGGGAACUUCUCGGUAUUUGUUGACACUGUGCACUUGGUGAAACUUUGACUGUAGCAGCUUCCUUGUCGCUUCGUGCAGUUUGUGUUAGAAACAGUCUGUGACAACCUGAACUUGAAUACCUAUGUGUGUCAGUCCACGCAGCCGGACUGAGAAGGAAUAAAGAUGGGGACAGCAUUGAUUUAUGAUGAGGAGAUGACCAGAUACAAACUGCUCUGGGUUGACCCUGCAUGUAAGAUCGAGGUGCCUGAGCGUCUGACAGUCAGUCACGAAGCUCUGAUCAAGAACGGUCUGGCUGAUCGCUGUGUCUCCGUACCGGUCCGUGAGGCGACGGAUGCAGACAUUCUGCUGGUUCACAGUGAGGAGUACUUGGAGGCAGUGAAGAAGACCCCGUAUAUGACUCUGGAAGACCUGAAGGAGUUCACCCUGCAAUAUGGCGACGUCUACUUCCACCCAAACAUCUAUCACUGUGCCAAGCUGGCUGCAGGGGCCGCACUGCAACUAGUGGACAGUGUUAUGACGGGGAAGGUGAGGAAUGGCAUGGCUCUGGUCAGACCUCCAGGACACCACAGUAUGAGCAGUGCUGCCAAUGGAUUCUGUGUGUUCAAUAAUGUGGCCAUAGCAGCUCAAUAUGCAAAGCAAAAAUAUGGGCUUAAAAGGGUUUUGAUAGUUGACUGGGAUGUACAUCAUGGUCAAGGGGUGCAGUACUGUUUUGAAGAUGAUCCAAGUGUGCUCUACUUCUCGUGGCACCGCUAUGAGCAUCAGAAAUUCUGGCCUCAACUUAGAGAAUCGGACUAUGACAGUGUUGGCAAAGAGAAAGGGGCGGGAUUUAAUAUAAAUGUACCGUGGAACAAAGUGGGAAUGAAGAACAGCGACUAUCUUUCAGUCUUCUGUCACGUCCUCCUGCCAGUUGCAUAUGAGUUUUGCCCAGACUUGGUCCUGGUGUGUGCAGGCUUUGACUCAGCCAUCGGUGACCCAGAGGGUGAAAUGUGUGCCAGCCCCGACAUCUUUGCCCACCUCACUCACCUCCUGAUGAACCUUGCGGGAGGGAAACUGUGUGCUGUGCUCGAGGGAGGAUACAACUUGACUUCCCUCCCCCAGUCUGUGUGUCAAACAGUUCAAACUCUUCUUGGAGAUCCUGCGCCUCGACCUGCAAACCUUGAUGGUCCCUGUGAAAGUGCACUCGAGUCCCUUCACUGUGUCCGAUCAGCUCAUAGGCAGUACUGGUCCUGCCUUAAACACGCAGCUAAGCUACCUACCUUUGAGAUCAGCACAAAGCGCGUUAAAUUAGCAGAAGAAGAAGAAAGGUUGGAGAAAGGAGAUGAGGAGAAAAGCCAAGAGGAACAGGUGUGGCCAGAGCCUCCGAAACGUGUCACUCCUCCAAUCCGCGCUGCUUUAGUGCUCCCUAAUGGCGUGGCUUGCCCUGACGGAUGUGAAAGCUUCGGCGCGUCAGAGGAUGCCGACCCAGUCAUAGUCAACAAACUCAGGGAGAAUUUCGUCAAAGAUGCAGAUGACUGCCAUGCUCUCACAACCCUCUCCAGUCUUAUUUCCCUCGUAGAGAAAAUGGAGAAGAAUGAGAUCUGCAGCGGCUUGGCUCUGGUCUGUGACGUCUCCAUGGCGAUGAUGUGUGUUGUCCAGCAUGCUGCAACUGCUCUCAGCAAACGGCUUUUGGUUGUGUGUGUUGGAGACACUGCGGUCCCAAGUGACGACACAGAGAAUGGGAAAACAGUCCUGGUGCAGUUCAGCAGCAAGGAGUCGGAGGAACAGAAAUGCAAAUAUUACAUUCCUGUGUGUCUGAAGAAGGGCUGCAGUGACGCGUCAGGGUUCCUACAGGCUGUGCUGGGCCUCCUUCUGCCCCUGGGAUACGAGUAUGACCCCAGCCUGGUUCUGUUGGUUCGGAUGCCGGAUAGUGGGGUGUGUGACAGCGUGUGGCAACAACUAACGGGCCUGCUGCAGGGCCUCGCACAGGGACACACUCUGGUACUCAUGCAGGAAGGUGAGAAGGAACGUGUUGCCCCCACUGCUUCUGCUCUCCUCGGAGACGCUGCUCCCUCUCUGGGGCAGCUUCAUUCUCCUCUACCAGAGGAUGUGGAGGUGCUGGAGAGGCUGAGACACAGACUGCAGGGGGACUGGAAGCUGCUGCAGACUACAGCACCAGAAACUGGAAGAGGUGAUGAGCACUGAAGCUGAUCCUGCUACUUUUUUGUUAAGAAAGUUGAAACACGUCAAUCAAAUGUCUUGAAAACAUUUUUUACUUUGUUGGCCAAAUGGAGCUUUUAUCAAACAUUGUGCCCUAAAAUAAACUGUAUUUUAAUCAAUUAAAA